GCCGAACCCAGCCGAGCUGUUGCGGGCGUGAAGUCUGGCGGGAUUGGCGGAAAGUAGCCAACAUGGGCAAAAGACAUAAAGUGAUAGAAAAUCAAGAAUCACGCAAUGAAGAAUCGAGUAAAAGGACUGAUGCGAGGUUGGGAAAACGGUUGUCAGAGAGUAAGGGACGGAAAAUUAAGGCCGAAAAUGACGUUAUUCCUUAUAGGCGUAAGUUUUGUGAGAAAUGGCUUCACCUCCCAGAAGUAAGAGACUGGAUAUAUCCACUCACAAACGAGCCUAUGCUAGUCUGGUGCAAAUUUUGUAAAACAAAGAUACGCGCGCAUCUAACUGACUUGAAAAUCCACAACAAAACCCUAAAACACAAGCGAAAUGUAGGGUCUCUUCGACCUGAAGUUCCUCGAGAUGUCUUCAAAGUGGAGCAUGGUAUUCAGGUUCCUGCCUCGUCGAAACAUGUUUUUGCGGAUAUGGUAGAAGCCCAUGCAGAUGAUACAGAUAGUGACACAAAAGAUGUCAUACAUUUUUCAGAUGUUGAAAACAGUGACGUAACAAGUACAGAAAUGGCAGAGCGAGAAGUUUUAAAUCCUGCGAACAUUGGCUUCAUAGGAUGUGGCAAUAUGGCACAAGCUCUCCUCAAAGCCUUUGUUAAAGAAGGCCUUGUGGAUCCAUCCCAGGUGGUUGCCAGUGCCCCGUCAGACAGAAAUUUGUCAAAAAUACGACCCAUAGGAGUGAAGACAACAAAUGACAACAAUAGAGUUGUAUGUGAAAGUGAUAUGGUGUUCUUAUGUGUGAAGCCACAUUUGUUAGCAGAUGUGAUAGAAGGCUUAGACCCAUUAGAAAGGAAUCAUAAUCCACUAUUUGUGUCAGUCAUCACUGGCUUUGACUUGCAUACACUAGAGCAGAUGCUGAGUUCCAUAGUUGAUGCUCCACGUGUAGUUCGAACCAUGCCAAACACUCCGUGUAUGGUGGGCCAAGGAUGCUGUGUGUACACCCUUGGUAGAUUUGCAACUUCUGGAGAUGGUUCUGUAAUGAAUUCUAUGCUCAAGUCAGUAGGUGUUUCUGCUCAGGUUCCUGAGUACCAGAUCGAUGCAGCCUGUGGCCUAGCUGGAUCAGGUCCUGCUUAUAUAUAUGCUGCAAUAGAGGCUCUUGCUGAUGGAGGAGUUAAAAUGGGGUUACCUCGUCAUUUAGCACAAACACUAGCUGCACAGACUGUCAAAGGUGCUGCCACAAUGGUAAUGGAAACCGGCAAACAUCCAGGACAGCUGAAGGAUGAGGUGUGUUCCCCAGGAGGCACUACUAUCACUGCCAUGCAUGUGCUGGAGCGUAAUGGGUUAAGGAAUGCACUCAUCUCGGCUGUGGAGGCAUCAGCAAAUCGUUCCAAGGAGCUUGGAAAAAAGUAGAUGUACCCGCAUUAGAAAGAAAGACAAUUACUUUCAUGAAUUAUUGGCCAUAAACAUCCGUAAAAAAAGGAAUGGUGCUUCAUUGAUAGAACUAUUUAAUUUCUGUAUAACAGAGAACAAGAAAGUUCUUUUCUUAAUCAUUCCACCGUCUUGUAGUUGUGUCAUAUAAACAUGUUGCUGAUAUAUAAUCACAUGUAGUGAAUUGGUUGUAAAACUUAACUUUUGUGUGCAAAACAACUACAUAAGAUGUCCCUGUAAGGAAUGAUUAAUGUUAAAUAAUAUUGGUAAUUGUUUUUAAAGAUAGUGGUCUGGUAAAUUGGUGUACAAAAAAAGAUAUGUAUGGAAAAAUUGUGUAGAAAAGGAAUUUUAACUGUGAGGUGGUUACAUGAUUUCUUAAGGAAAAUAAGGAUUUCAUAAUUUAGAGAAAAAAAAUUAUUGAGUAACUAUGAAACAGUAAUGAGAUCGGAUUUUCUACUAAAAAUAGUCCCUUCCAAAACCAUAGAGAUUGAUUUGUCAUGUAAAAUUAGUGUUCAGAAAGACCAGUUGCUAGGUCAUUUGAACAGACCUUUACAUCUUAGUAUCACAUUUGUUAAUCAAGAUACUCAAAGGAAUCAGACAUAAUUACUGGGAAAUCUUGUCAUCUCAAAACUUUAUUUUGCCUUUACAGGUAAUUUGCCUUAUAUUCUUUUUGAUGGAAAAUUAAUCAUUACACCCAUGUCAAAAUGCAGGUUCCAAAUAAUCAAUAACUAUAGUUGCAAUUUCCCUUAUCAAAUUAAAAUUCUUUGAAAAGCUUAGCCUUGCUUUGCCCCUACCUUAAAUAAAAUCAUCACCAAAAAUUAGUAGGUAAAAAGGUAAUCAUGUAUAGGUAACAAGAAUGUAUAUUUUAGUUUUCGUCUUGAUAUAUAACAUAUGAGCAACAGGAUAUAUACAUUUUUUUCCAUCUGUAAUUGUUUAAUAGGUAACAAUAAAAAAUAAUGGUAAAUAUAUACAAAAGUUUAAUUUACAUUUCAAAUUAUUGUUUAUACAGGUUCAGUUUUAUGCAGAUUUCUUGCAACUAUGUUGGAAGCUUGGAGUGCUCGUCUAGAGAUCCUCAUGUGACCUGAGGCUGGAUCUCUGCCAUAAUACUUAACCUUGAUUUGCUGGCCAGCUUCAAGACCAAGAACACUAGGAUGCUGGAUCUGUUAAAAAAUAAGUGACUUUAUAAAUAAAUACAAUCAUGUAUCCCACCUCAGUAAACAUACCUAUAAUACAUGGCAGGUAAAGGUACCAUACAGAAUUUGGGCUCUCCCAACGCAUGGAGGUUUAGAUGCCAUUUACUGGCACUGGAUAAAGGACUUUUAUCAGUUAGUACUCAAGCAUGUAUCUGGAAUUCAUUUUACUUCAAGAAGACAGGGCACAAAUAUUGGGGUGUCAAGUUGUAAAGAUGUACCUCACAAAUAAAUAUACCUAUGUCAAAUUGGAUACUUCUUAACCCAUUUAUCCCAGGUAAAAAGGAGUUUGGCAAGUGGACAUGAUCGUGAGAUUGUUGGUGUGCAUCAGCAGUUUCCCCGUUGCACCCGGCUUAUUUGGUACCUAAAAGCUUUUAUUUUGCUAUAAUUUUUAAUAAUAUUAAUAUUUGAAGGUUUACAUUCACUUUAGGUGCUAUUGCCUAAAAGCUUUACCAUAUAAAUGGAGCUGCUACUAAAGGAGAAAAACAAGCUUGGUCCAAUAAGCCAAUGGCACAGGAAUAAUCGUGAUACGAUGCCAUCUGCUACUUUGUCCACUACAGCCAUGGCAUGUACAUUUAUGGUGAACUCUGCCAUGGUGUCUAUUAUCUCUUUAGUGAGUGAGUGUUGUGGGUGUGACUUCCCACAGGUAUGGCUGGAUGCCGGAGAGGAGUUGUAUUGAUGGGGGAUCUGGUGAGGCUCCGAUGGUGGAGGCCUGAUAGUUUUUUCAAAAUCAGUUAAAAUGGUAGAUCCCCUUGAGUAAUGGUAUAGAUAAUUUAUCAGAACAUAGAAAUCAUGUAAGGUUUAUAUAAUUAAUACAUUUCUGUUUUUGUAAUCUCUCUCUCUCUUAAUUCUCAGAACAUGCUAUAGAGUAGCUUGGAAAAAUAAGAAAAAAAAAAAUAAUAAUAAUAAAUAAAUGCAGAGGAAAAAAAUUGCAAUAACUAAAGUCCAUCAAAAUGCAAGGUCUAUCGCUUAUCUAUAUGAGAUGUACAAAAUAUUAAUUUGAAUAAAAGAGAAGAAAAUAAAGAAUAAAACUAA